AUGGCAACUGAUACUUCGACCAACCCUCUGGGGUUAGGUAUAACGAUGAGUCCUCCUCCUCCUCCUCCUCCUUCAAUACCGUCAACUACAGAUUCAAGAUCUAGAUCAAACUCAUCGAUCGAGACACCUCCUGAAACCCCCAUCUCGAUGGCAUCGCCUUCAUCACCGCCUCCUUCAUAUACAUCCAAUAUAUUUGAAGAUAUAGGUUCACUGGCACCAGUACGAUUUCUUGGUCAUUUGAUAAGUGAAGAAGAUGAUCAAAUUGAACAUGUAGAACAUUUCAAAUAUAAACAGGAUUUAGAACGAAAAUUAACUGUUACUUCAGUUAUUGGAUUAGGAUUUUCUGUAAUGGGUGUACCUUUUGGAUUAUCUUCAACUUUAUGGAUUUCUUUAAUGGAUGGUGCAAAUGUGACUAUUUUAUAUGGUUGGAUAGUUGUAGGGUUUUUCUCCAUAUGUGUUAUUCUAAGUCUUAGUGAAAUUAGUUCAAAAUAUCCUACUGCUGGUGGAGUAUAUCAUUUUAGUGCCGUAUUAAGUAAUGAAAAAUAUUCUUCAAUACUGAGUUGGUUCACGGGAUGGUUUUUAUUAAUUGGAAAUUGGACUUAUGCUAUUAGUAUUAUGUUUUCUGGUGCACAGUUCAUCUUGAGUAUAUUUGGUUUGAAAGAUGUAUAUUAUAAAGAAGAUCGAUUUUGGGUCCUUGGUGUAUUCUUUUUGAUAUUAGGAUUGGUUGGAUUUAUAAAUUUUAAAUUUUCAAAGCAUUUAGAAAAAAUUAACAAGAUGUGUAUCGUGUGGACAAUUUACACCGUGUUGGCAAUUGAUUUCUUGUUAAUUUUUUUUGCUAAAAGAACAAAUUCAAUUAAAGAAAUUUUAACAAAUUUUGAUAAUUCAAGAAGUGGUUGGCCCGAUCCAUUAGCUUUUAUAAUUGGUUUACAAAGUUCUUCAUUUACUUUAACAGGAUAUGGUAUGUUAUUUUCCAUUACUGAUGAAGUUAGAAAACCAGAGAAAAAUGUCCCCAAGGGAGCCGUUAGUGCUGUAUUUAUGGCAACUGUUACUGGUAUUAUAUUUAUCAUUCCAAUUUUAACCAUUUUACCUGAACUUGAAGUUUUAUUAGAUGAAACCCCAAAUAUUAUGCCAAUCGAUUUGAUUUUUAAAUUGUCUACUGAAUCAUAUAUUAUUUCCUUUUUAAUGGCUUGUUUAAUGAUUGGUACGGUGUUAUUCCAAAGUAUUGGAUCUUUGACUACUGCGUCAAGAAGUACAUAUGCUUUAGCAAGAGAUGGUGGUUUACCAUUUGCACAUUUAUGGACCGAGGUUAAUUCAAUUGAAGAAUACACUAUCCCAAGAAAUGCAUUGUUUUUAUCGAUGCUGGUAUGUGCUAUAUUAUCAUUAUUGUCAUUAAUUUCAAGAUCAGCCUUUAAUGCAUUUAUGGGAGCAGCAGUUGUUUCUUUAACAUUGGCCAAUGGACUUCCAAUUCUAUGUUUGAUGGUGGGUAAAAGGAAAAAGAUUAAAGGAGCCGCGUUUAAAUUAGGUAAGUUGGGCUGGAUUAUCAAUGGUAUUUCAAUAUUUUGGGUUUUCUUAUCAGUUAUUAUUCUUUGUAUGCCACCAGUGAUUAAAAAUCUAAAUGCAUACAAUAUGAAUUAUGCUGUAUUGGUUAUUAUUUUAUUUUUUGCCAUUGCAAGUUUAGGUUAUAGAACUUGGGGUAAGAAAAGCUUCACUGGACCAGCAAUUGAUACCGAUUAUUUUGAAUUACAUAACCUUGAAUCUGCAGGAAGAAGUAAUCUUGCUACAAUUGAUGACAACAAUUUUGUUAUCACUGGUGAUGAUGAUGAUGAUGAUGAUGAUGAUGAUGAUGUAGAUGAAUUUAAAUAUGGUAGUGAUGACAAAGAAGAACAAGAUAUUACGGAUAAACCGAUUGCAAAAAAAGUUAAAAAAGGAGGAUAUCAAAAAUUAAAGACAAAUUCUGAAGAAGUAGAACCAAGUUCUAGUGGAUUAUCAACAGCAAGUGAAGGUGAGGUACUUUUUGAUUCUAAUAAAGGUAACGCCUGA